UUUACAAAUAGCAAACUUCCUCCGCCACCAUUCUUCAAUACUUCAGAUUCAGCAUCUUGUAUAUCAGGGAUUUGAAGUCAAAGCAAACGAUCAAUUUGGAGCGUAAAAGAUACGCAGAUGAAGCCAAUUAGGCUUCCGGAACCGCCGGGUAGUCCACCGAGAGGCGUACCGGACAUCUUUGAAGGCGGGGUUUACGGUGUUGUCAAGCGGGCUGUUAUUAUCGGUAACGGUUUCCCGGCGUCGGAGAAUCAGAGCAUUGGUUUAGUUAGAGCCCUUGGAUUGUCGGAAAAACAAACUCUAUAUCGUGUUACUAGGCCAAGUGGAGGAAUCAAUGAAUAUCUACACUGGCUUCCAGUUUCUGUCCAUAAACAGAUAUAUUACAUCAUCAGACUGAUUUACAGCUAUUCACAAGUUCUAUUUACAACUAAAGGGAGUAAAGUCAAAUCUUUGACCUCAGAAAAUGGUGGAAAUGUAGGCUUAUCAUCUAUACUUGAAGCUGAUGUUAAGUCAAUAGUAACAAUGGCAAGAGGAACUGCUGACAAGGAUGGGCCUUUAUUGGUGGUUGCAUGUGGUAGAGACACCAUAUCAAUUGCUAGCUCUAUAAAAAGAUUAGCAUCUGAAAAUGUGUUUGUUGUUCAGAUUCAACAUCCAAGAAGACAAGUGAGUAGGUUUGACUUGGUGGUUGCUCCUCAACAUGAUUAUUACGCUCUUACCCCUCAUGCACAAGAGCAGGUUCCUAAGUUUCUUCGCAAGUAUAUGACUCCUGAUGAGCCCCCUACUAAGAAUGUGGUACUUACAUUGGGUUCACUGCAUCAAGUUGAUUCUGCUGCACUUCGCAGUGCAGCUAUUGCUUGGCAUGAUGAGUUUGCACCUUUACCAAAACCCUUAAUCGUGGUCAACAUUGGGGGGCCCACAAGCCGAUGUAGAUAUAGUACAGACCUUGCAAAGCAGUUAACUACCUAUUUGAAGGGUGUUCUUGAUACCUGUGGGAGUGUAAGAAUUUCUUUUUCAAGAAGAACUCCAGAUAAGAUUGCAACUUAUGUGAGAAAAGAACUCGCAGAAUUUCCAAAAAUCUAUAUAUGGGAUAACGAAGAACCAAAUCCACACAUGGGACAUUUAGCAUGGGCAGAUGCCUUCAUUGUCUCAGCAGAUUCAAUCAGCAUGUUGAGUGAAGCCUGCAGCACUGGAAAACCUGUAUAUGUGAUUGGAGCUGAGCGAUGUAAAUGGAAAUUUGGAGAAUUUCAUAAAACAUUAAAAGAAAGAGGUCUUGUUAGGCCAUUUACAGGUCUAGAGGAUAUGUCGGAAAGCUGGAGUUACCCGCCUUUAAAUGACACUGCAGAGGCUGCAAAUCGAGUACAUGAAGCGCUUGCUGAAAGGGGAUGGAGAUUAAGGCCGUAAGAUUUUUGUCUGAAAUUACUUUUUUGCCCUUUUCCCAUGGUUUGUGGGGGAUUAUAGAUACAUACAUAUAGUUUUUGAUACGGACAAGGAGGUUUGUGUGUAUAAACCGGCAUUUAUAUUUUAUAGCUUUAGUGUGAAAAGAAAACCUUGAGGGACAGAUUGGUCAUUUAUGUUCAUUGUGAAAUGGGAGUUAAUAAAAGAUGCUAUCAUUCAAACAAUUUGUGAAAUGAAAACCUCGAGGGAGAGAAGAUUGACAUA